UUGAGAAUAUUCUCAUUUUGUGAAAGGGGACACUCAGUUAUCUACUUCUCAUGUCCUAAUAUUUUCUCUACUUUACUCAACCCUCCAAAAAGAUAUUGCUCAUCAAAAUCAUGUCUGUUGAGUCUAACAUCAUAUCCACGGGACCCGAUCCCCCAGGAACCAACUAUCCCGUCUCCGCAAAUGCAAUCACUCUCCCAAUUUUCUCCAUAAUCUUCAUAUUUCUACUCCUUGUCCCCUUCCGCCUCCUCUACCGCGUCAACAAUAUCGCCGCCUGCUCUCUCGUAAUAAUAAACAUUAUAUCCCUUCUCUUCGUCUCCACAAACGCCAUAGUCUGGCCCACUGACUCUCUCUCCAACCGCUGGUCCGGCCAUAUCCUCUGCGAUAUUCAAGUCCUCAUCCGGCAAGCUUUCUACACAGCGAUGACCUCAACAACAUGUUGCAUCUCCAUGUUUCUAGCCCGAGCUGUCGAUACGGAUAAUGCAUGUAUGCAUGAAUCCACGGCGAUGAAGAGAAGAAGAAUGAUAAAGGAUUGUGCAUUUUGUUUCACGAUUCCUCUACUGCAAAUAGCUCUUCAUUAUACCAUUCAGUUGAAUAGGUAUACGGUUAUGACGAUUUAUGGGUGUGUGGAUGCGACGGAUUCGAGUUGGAUUAGUAUUGUUAUUUUCCAUAUUUGGCCACCGAUCUUUGCUUGUUUUAAUUUCUAUUUUUCAGGUGUGUAUUUUCUGUUCAUAUUCCUGCUUAAUUUCCAUGAAGUGGCCUACAAUUUCGGGUGAAAAGGAAAAGAGACUAACAAAGCAAAAGUCCUAGUAAUCUAUCGACUCCGUCGUCACCGUUCCAACUUUGCCAGUACACUGUCCUCCUCAAGUUCAGGCCUCAGUCCUCGCCGUUUCUUCAAACUCUUCACUAUGUCUCUCAUCCUUUUAAUUGUUUAUUUUCCCGUUGUAAUAUGGUACUUCUACCUCAACGUCAGCUGGCCUCUCCAUGCAUAUUCCUGGUCUCAGGUCCAUGAUCCACUAUUCUGGAAUCUCAUCGUCUUUUGGCGUCUUGAAGAUGCACCAGCGGGUAUGGAAUAUGAUUCAUGGAAUUGGGUGUCACUGGCUUUCAUGAUUGUGGUGUUUUGGGGGUGUAAUAGUGAGGGAGUGGAGGUUUACAGGAGAGCUGCAGUUAGUUUGGGAUUUGCGAGAUUUUGGCCCAGAUUGAGGAUGACGUUCCACGAGAGAAGAAUUGAAAAGAUGGAGAGGGAUAAUAGGACAGGAUUGAGUGGUACGGGCACAGUAGGGAGUUGGAAAGGAAAAUUCGAUUUGAUUAGUAGGACGGUGAAUUAUUUUGAGGCUCAGGAGGAGAAGAGUAGAAAACAUAGUGUGGGGACGACGACUACUUUGGGUGAUGAUAUGUAAGUUUGCUUCUUCUUUUUCUCAUUUAAUCAUGGGUAUCUUAUUUCGAGUAUUGAUUCUAACGUUACCGAAGAACUCACACUUCAACCCGUAAACCAUCCCACCAAACCCAAAUCUCCACCUCCACCACCACAAACUCAACUUACAACUCCCGCAACGCAACUAUCUACGAUUCAAAUUCCUCGGCGCACAAACAAUCCGUAGCCACAGCCACGCCGAGUAUCAUCGAUCACGACAUUUCAUUCUCUUCAUCAGCCCCUACAUGUGCGGAUCAAGACGUUAUUUCACCUUUUCCGCGAACUCUUUCCCCGAAUAAUGUAUACUCGCAUGUUCCUGAAGCGACUGAUGCUAGUGAAAUUACGGCGCCUCCACCUACUUCUAGAGGUAUGUGGGGAAUGUUUAGAACGCACCUGAAUCCACUUCCUCUACAUGCUUUUUCUACUCAUGGAAAGGGAUCUGAGAGUUCGUCUUCUUUACCACAUCAUUCGAAAUCGAAAUCUCUCUCACACCCUAAGAACCAGGAAAGGCUCAGUAUCACACAUGAGAAAAGUACCAUACCUGGUGAGCACUUGGCAGAUGCAAACAACGCAGCAACAUUAACAACGCAAAUCUGGUCCUCGGCAAAUGAUAGUCAUGAUGUAAAUUUACAAAAGGGCUCGAAUGCAAGUUUACUUAAAUCUGGAAAUGGAAAUCUGGCUACAAAUAAUCAUGGAGAAGACGAGGAGUAUGACCAAGAUGACAUUCUUGCAUCUCCAAAACCAGGAACGAGAGCUUAUAGGGAGAGAGAAAGAUUAGAAAUGAUUUCUGAGAAGGAAGAUAGGAAGAAGGAAAGAGAGAAGAAGAUAUUGGAGAAAGAGAGUAUGGGUGAUGGAAAUGGAGCAGGGAAGGAGGAUGGAGAGGGUCUGAACGUGAAAAAAACAUUUGGUCUUGUGGAGGAAAGAGAUAUUGAUCGUACGGGUAGUUCUUAAUUUUCUUGAAUAUGGUAGGAGAAAUGGAGAUGGGGGUUAAAUAUUUUCUGGUGGUCUGCUCACUUGCUUUCUUACUUUCUUUCUUCGGUUCUAUG